AUGGCGACAAGCCCCCGGCCAGGACCUACGGACAUCCUGCUCUCCUCCCCCUCCAACACCUACCAGCCGGACUCCAUGAGCCAGCAGAGAGCCAGCCACGCCAGCAUGAAGCCUAACCAAGUGGGCCAGGUGAUUUUGUACGGGAUCCCCAUCGUGUCUUUGGUGAUCGACGGCCAGGAGCGGCUGUGCCUGGCGCAGAUCUCCAACACCCUGCUGAAGAACUUCAGCUACAACGAGAUCCACAACAGGAGGGUGGCGCUGGGCAUCACCUGCGUGCAGUGCACCCCGGUGCAGCUGGAGAUCCUGCGGCGGGCCGGGGCCAUGCCCAUCUCUUCCCGCCGCUGCGGCAUGAUCACCAAGCGGGAGGCGGAGCGGCUCUGCAAGUCCUUCCUGGGGGAGAACCGGCCCCCUAAGCUGCCGGACAACUUCGCCUUCGACGUGUCUCACGAGUGCGCCUGGGGCUGCCGGGGCAGCUUCAUCCCGGCCCGUUACAACAGCUCCCGGGCCAAGUGCAUCAAGUGCAGCUACUGCAGCAUGUACUUCUCGCCCAACAAGUUCAUCUUCCACUCCCACCGCACGCCGGAGGCCAAGUACACGCAGCCCGACGCCGCCAACUUCAACUCCUGGCGCCGCCACCUCAAGCUGACGGACAAGACCCCCCAGGACGAGCUGGUCUUCGCCUGGGAGGACGUCAAGGCCAUGUUCAACGGCGGGAGCCGCAAGCGGGCCCUGCCGUCCGCCCCGUCCCAGCCCGGCGCGGCGGCGGCCGCCCAGUGCCACCCGCUGGGCUCGGUCAAGGCGGCGGCCGCGGUGGUGGGCGGCGGGCUGCUGAGCCCGCACCUGCUGGGGGCGCCGCCGCCGGAGCUGCAGCAGAAGCGGGCGCGCUUCGAGGAGGACGAGGAGCUGGAGGGCGGCGGCAAGAGCCAGCGGAGCUACCCGGUCAUCCCGGUGCCCAGCAAGGGCUCCUUCGGCGGCGUGCUGCACAAGCUGCCCGGCUGCGGCGGCCUCUUCCCGCACCCCUACGGCUUCCCCGCCGCCGCCUUCAGCCUCUGCCACAAGAAGGAGGAGGGCGCGGCGGGCGAGGCGCACAAGGCGGCCGGCGGCCUCUCGGGCCUCUUCUGGCCCGGCCGCAAGGAAGCCGCCUUCUACCCGCCCUUCUGCAUGUUCUGGCCGCCCCGCGCCCCCGGCGGCCUGCCGGUGCCCACCUACCUGCAGCCGCCGCCGCAGCCGCCCAGCGCCCUCAGCUGCUCCCUGGGCGACAGCCCCAGCCUGCUGCGCCAGGCCUUCCUGGACCUGGCCGAGCCCAGCGGCGAGGCGGCGGCCGCCGGGCUGGGCACCCCCCCGGCCGCGGCCGCUCCCCCGGCCAGCGGCGCCGGCAGCGGCAGGGACCCGCUCUUCGAGGCGCCCCCUGGCGGCGGGGACGCCGCGUCCCCCGCGGCGGAGGCGGGCGGCGGGGGCAGGGUGCCGGCUCGCCACCCCCACCUGCUGGAGGGGCAGGCCGGCCGCAAGGCGGGCAGCGGCUACCACCACUCCAGCGCCUUCCGGCCCGUGGGGGGCAAGGAGGACUCGGAGAGCCUGGCCAAGCUGCACGGGGCCAGCAGCGGGCCCCACCACCCGGCCUCCCCGCUGCUGCUGCUGCAGGAGGAGCCGGGCUGCGAGCGCCACCCGCCGCCGCCCCAGUCCCCGCACCGCCUCCUCUCCCCCGGCGGCACCAGCUGCAGCUACCCCAGCGAGGAGAGCAGCGAGGAAGAGGAGGAGGAGGACGAGGAGGAAGAGCAGGAGGUGGAUGUGGAGGGGCACAAGCAGCCGGAGGAGGAGGAGCAGGAGGGGGACCCAGGGGUGGACGCCCUAGGGGGGAGCAGCCGGUACCUCCAGAGCCGGGGGCUGACGGAGAAAGGAGGAGGCAGCAGGGACCGGGCUGCUGCUACUGGCCUCUUCCCCAUCAACUCCUCCAGGCAGCAGCAAGAGGAGAAACUAGGGGACACCAAUGCAGAGCUGCAUCCUCCUCCCCCUGGCCCCCCGAAAGGGGGGAACAGCAGCAGCAGCAGCCCAGUGCACCAUCCAUCACUGGAGGAGCAGCCCUCCUACAAAGAUAAUCAGAAAAGCAAGGAAGGUAACCAAGUCAUUUUGGCUACAAAAGAGGACAGCAACUUUUCAGAUAAGAACAAAGAGCAUAAUUUUUUCAUCACAGAAGAGCCUUCAGGAGGAGACUUCUGGCGAGAUAUAGCAGGUGAACACACACAAGAAACCAAUUCACCUCAUUCACUGAAGAAGGAUGUAGAAAACAUGGGGAAAGAAGAACUUCAGAAGGUUUUGUUUGAACAAAUAGAUUUACGGAGGAGAUUAGAACAGGAAUUCCAAGUGUUGAAAGGAAACGCUUCUUUCCCAGUAUUCAAUAAUUUUCAAGAUCAGAUGAAACGGGAGCUGGCCUACAGAGAGGAAAUGGUGCAGCAGUUACAAAUUAUUCCCUAUGCAGCAAGCUUGAUCAGGAAAGAAAAGCUCGGCACACACCUCAGCAAAAGCUAAAAGACGCACAGGACCCUCCGCAGCUGUUAUCUUGUAAGAUACAACCCACCACUCAGAAAUCUGAUUUACAUAAAGACUGAGAAAUGGAAGGGCUUGGGAAUUUAAAAUGCAAACAAAAAAUUCAGGUUCCUGGGAGCCCAAGGACAAGUGACCUCAAAGCAUCAUGGACAACCAUGUAAAAUAGAAUGUAGCAGCCAUUUAUUAGUAAAAACAAAA